AUGGCGGACGCUUUGGACGAGGAGCUGCUCGCUCUGGCAGGCGACUCUGACGAGGAACAAUCACCUCCUCCCCAGCAGAAAGAUGAAUCACCGGCACCAUCCCGCUCAUCUCGUUCACCAGACCGCGAUUUUUCACCUGAGCCCACAAGUCGCAAAGGUUCAACCAAACAUUCGAGGAAGUCAGUGAAAGACGAAGAGGACGGCGAAAUCUCCGAUGCCGAGUCACACCACUCUCUUCAGUCUGCCCCCAUGUCGGAGUCCGACUCUGAGGGAGGGGGUUCUGAUGAUGAAGACCGCCCAAUUUUCCCAUACGACAAGCUGUACUAUUCAGCGAAGGAGAAGGAUGAAAUUAUGGCGAUGCCCGAAAUUCAGCGUGAGGAGAUGCUCUCCGAGCGUGCCCAGCAAGUCGACCGUCACAACCAGGAUCUUGCUCUACGCCGGCUCCUCGCCUCCAGAGAGCGCGAAGAGGCGCGUGCCGCCAAGCAGGCCAAGCGAAAAGCCGGCUCGGCUGGUCUAGAUGAAACCCAGCGCAAGAGUUCCCGACAGAAGACAACGCUUGGUGGCCGCAAGGUCGGGGAAACCUCUGCAGCAAUCGAUGCCUAUAAGCGCCAGCGCGAGCAGAAGGGCAAGCGUGAUCAGAACCGCGCUCGAGACACUACCCAGACACGCAGGCGAUCUUCUGUCUCAAGCGCCUCUCUGGGCUCGGAUGACGAUGCCGAUGCGGACAGCGACAUUGAUCUUGAUGACCGCGUUGGAAGCUCUAAAGUCGUUCCCAAGGACGACCCUCCCGCCGAACUACGCGAUAUUCAACGUGCCCGUGUCGGCCGCAGCAACUUUGCUCAAGUCUGCUUCUACCCUGGAUUCAACGAGCGUAUCACUGGCUGCUAUGCACGUGUCAACAUUGGCCCUAGCAAAGAGACGGGCCUCAAUGAAUACCGUCUCUGCUUGAUCACUGGGUUCACCUCAGGAAAGCCCUAUGCUAUGGAGGGAGCCAAUGGCCGCUCAUUUGUCGUUGAUCAGUAUGCCAAAUUAGCCCACGGAAAGGCCAUUCGAGAUUUCCCCUUCAUCGCCUGCUCCGAUUCUUCUUUCAGUGACAGCGAAUACGCCCGUUACCGCAAGACUAUGGCGGUCGAGGAUUGCAAGAUGGCGACCCAGAGCAAAGUAGCAGCAAAGGUUGUCGAUAUUAACAAACUCAUCAACCACCAGUUCACGAAGGAAGAAUUGAGCGAAAAGCUUCGCAAACAAGGCGCACUUGAUGAAAAGAAGAACGUCCUUCGCGAAAACGACAUUCAAAAAGAUCUACAAGUUGCACGAGCCAAUGGCAACGAUGACGAAGCUGAGCGUCUGCAAAAGGAGCUCAAUGACCUUCGCAACCCCAAUCUCUCUUGGGGAACAUCUCUCGCUGCCAAGCCAGCCGGGGAAACCAAACUCUCUGAAGCAGAACGCGUUCACCAGAUCAACUUGCGAAACCAGAAGCUCAACCACGAGAAUGUGCGUCGAGCCCAACUUGAGGAACGCAAGGCUGCUCGCCUAGCUGCCGCUGCUGUGGCUCGGGGUGAGGCCACUGUCAAUCCUUUCAUGCGUGUUCGAACCAUUGCGAAGACCCACCACGACGUAAACACGAAGCCCACAGACUCACCGAAACCCGCUGAUUCUACCCCCACCGAUAACCCCAAGGAAUCUGCCAAGUCGGGCGCCGAUGGUGCUUUAGAUGCGUCCAAGCCUAGCUUGACCCCGAAGAAGCAGAGUGGUUUCAUGAUUAGUUACCGCAACAACGAUGACGAGAACAUCGCGGCUUUGGAUAUGGACAUUGAUAUCGAUAUUUAA